GCGGCAACAUCGGCGUGGCACGCGCUCCCAGUACUCCCUCCCAGUUGUUAAAAAUGUCCCGGGAACUGAGGAAGGACUACCGCACGGCGGACUUUGAGCUGCUUAGCAAGCGGAUCCUGGAUCACCCGAUCAUGAAGUCCUCCGAAAAUGACCAGCAGCACAUGGAGAAGUUGCGUACUCCCGAAUACAGGACUAAGUGUGUGAUGCGGGCUUCCCUGGAUGAUAUUGCCUUAGGGAUCAAUCUCUACAAGCUACAGAUGGACAGGCCACAUUCACCUCUUCCUGAGGGGCCAGGAGAACCGGGACCCUCAGCCCGUUCGGCCGCCUCCGCCCGUCCUCCGUCGACGCCCUUUAUCAAAGUCCUCCUCCGAAAGACCCCCAUCGUGGUUCUCUUCGAGCGACGCAGCAUGACUGCUCUGGUGGACAGUGAGGAGGGUCGCCAGGUACUGGAGGACAACCGAAAGUACGAGGAGCUUCUGUCCGGAGUGGACAAAACCCGUCGCACCGUGGAUGCUGACACCCAAACCAUGACGGUCCUUAUGAAGUCCCGUCUGGUGAACACCGAACGCCUAACCACUGCCCAAAUGGGGUCCUAUGUGUCCAACUUUGAGAUGUACGACACCUACACGGAUUUGGAAAAGUCCACGACGAGUGUCCAGGUGCAGGGGGCCCAGGAGAUACAGGUUACCACCUACCAUGUAGGCGGGGUGGACCAGUUCGUCAAGAUCAACAGCCUGCCGGCCUUUCGAUUGGCUCUGAUGCUCACGAUGCGCAUCCUGGCCAGCAAUGUCUUUGAGCCGCAGCAGCGACGAUACCGAAACAUGGAACUGCCCGAUCCCUUGGCCGAAGAUGUGAAGUUCAAGUACAGACUGGGCCUACUCUGGCGCUUGAGUCCGCCGGCACCGGACACCGAGAAACACCAGGCGGUGAGCGAUGUAAGCUUCUGUCCCAGCAAUGGCGAUAUUAUGGCUGUGGCCUACGGAGUCUACAGCCACGCCAGGGUGGGCAAGCUGCCACGUUCCGGGUGGGUGUACGUCUGGAACAUCAAGAACCCCGUGAACCCGGAACGAUGCUUCCACUAUCAGGUGCCAGUGGUUACUGUGGAGUUUUCCCCCACUCAGCCGCAGCUCCUCGCAAUUGGAUUGCACAAUGGAAGCGUCGAGGUGAGGGACAUUUCUGUCCCGGAUCGACCCCCGCUGUCGAUUUCGCAGCGCAAGACUUCGCCGCACUUUGAACCCGUCACCUCCAUCAAGUGGAUCCACUUUGAGGGUGAUGUCGGUUACACAGAUCCGAACAUUACGCCCUUCCUGGCCACCUCACAGGCCGGAGCUGUGACCAAGUACCGCCUGAUUAACAGCCCCCACCUACUCGGUUUCGAGCACCAGCGCCUGGAGCGGGCGGAGGGAGAGCUGGAAGGGAUUCCUAUAGAUCGCCCACCGCCAGCCGCCUCCCUGUUGGCCAACCGUCACCCACAGUGCCUUGAACUGGUCCUGGACCCAGUGCACCGGGACAUUUAUUACGUGCUCACCGACGAGGGCACCCUUUACAAGUUCUCGACAAACUAUCCCCUCCAGCACUUGGAGCUGAGACAGGUCCAUGACGGACCAGCCGCGUGCAUGGAGUUUUCGCCUUGGUCGCCCAGAAUGUACCUCACCUGCGGCAGUGACUGGUGCAUCCGAAUUUGGCUCGCAGGAAUCUUAGUACCGAUUGUGACCCUGCAGCACCAUCUGUCGCCGGUCCACUGCGCCCGCUGGAGCCGCACCCAUUCCACCAUCCUGGUCUCUCUCAGCCGCACCACCGUGGAUAUCUGGGAUCUCAGAAACAGCACCAUGAAACCCGUCUCGUCGACCUCCAUCGAUGCGGACAUCUUUUACACCACAUUUAAAUUCACCCACUGUGGCCGCUCCCUGGCUGUGGGAAACGAGGCUGGCAAUCUUCUGAUGAUGUCCUUCGAGGACAUGCCCUUCCCACCACACUUUCAGUACAAGCAGCUGAAAAGAGCCAUCUUCAAGGCCCUUUCCAUGCAACCCGAUCUCCGCCAGCAGGUGAAAAGCGUAGGCUACUUUGGUUAUCCGGAAGGCAAAAAGGUGACCAGAGCUUAAG